UUAGUGACAGUUCGUCUAGUUUUGUUUAUACGAGGGCGAGUCAAUAUAUUACCCGGCCUAACACAUCUCCAACCAACCGAGACAUCCACGAUUUUCACGCAUUGUUUCAAUACAAGUAUUGUGCCUGGGUACAAAACUACACAUGAAUACGGUCAUUUGUUUGUCAGAUAUUGAAUGUCAAACAUGGCUAGUGAUGUAAAAGCAAGCUUUUCAUCAAAAAUGGAGUACCGUGCUGUAAUUCGGUACUUGCAUUUGAAAUUUGCAUUUGAAAGGUAAAACUGGUAAGGACAUACAUGCCGAGUUAGUUGAUGUGUAUGGGUCUUCUGCACCAUCUUAUGCGCAAGUUAAAUGCUGGCUUGGGGAGUAUAAACGGGGUAAAACGUCUUUAGAAGAUGAAGCCAGGUCUGGACGCCCUGUGGACGAAGAAGUCGUGGCCGCAGUUGAGGGGUGGUUCAAUGGACCCUGACUUCUUCACUUCUGGGCUGAUUGUACUUGAACACCGAUGGUCCAAGAGCAUUGCCCUGGAGGGAAAUUAUAUUGAAAAAGAAGAAGUAGAUCUCAACCCGAAAAAGGUUAAGCUGGUUAUGUAUCGACUCGCCCUCGUACAGUCUCUAGUGUUAUCUCAUACAAACAUGUCAUUACUGGUACAGUGUGAAACACUGAUUUGGGGAAUCCCAGGCAUAAGGUUUUGCAGCUGUAGAUCUAACAUACAGUAGUAUGGGACAAUAUGGGAAUGUCCAACCUACAUCAAAGGGUGCUGUUUUCUGCGCAG